GAUAGCAACCACUCCCGACACUUUCCGUAAGUCGAUAAACUGCUAUUUAAACGAAUAAUUUUAAUACAUUUUUCGAUUACUUUACAAAUCAUUAAAGGUUGGCGGUGUGGCCGGAUUUCAAUAUGUUAGGUCUGCUUUGUUGUGAACAGUUUAAGUGACAGUAUUUUUGUUACACCGUGUUUUGUUAGAGAGUAUUUUAGAGUUUUCUAUCAGGCAGAAUUUGAUCGAGAUUAUUUUCCUGGAUUGUGACGAUGUAUUGUAUUACACCUCGCGGUCGCCGGUCGAUGUUUUUAUGUUUUGCUCUCAUGGCUAUCAAUUUUAUGUUGUCUACAAUCGUCAUCAAUGUGUUCACUUCAGGUAUGAAGGAAAAACUAGCGAUUGAGCUGAUAUACUCAAGUAAAUCACACAUCAAGAACUUGGACCUGAAGUCAAAAAGAGAAUUUGGCAAUAUUGGGAAGGAACUAAAACAGCAGAGUGUAACACAUCAGUGCACUAAUUUAGAUAACCAAACUGGUAUAUUGAAGAGAGGAGACCAAGGCCAAUUUCUAACAGAGUUCGAGUGGGUUGACUGGAAUGACUACAAACAGAUGGAGGAAGACGCCAACAGGACUGGCUUAGGCGAACAUGGAGAAGCUGUACGUUUGAAAAAGAUAAAAAAAUUGGACGCUAAUGACAGAAUUUUAACCGCUAAAUAUAAAUACAAUGUUGUAUUGAGUGAUAUGAUCUCACUGGAGAGGUCUAUAGGAGACCUCAGGACAGCAGCUUGCAAGAAACAAAAGUUUAUCAAAAACAUUCCACGCAACUCUGUCAGCAUUAUCUCUGUGUUCUAUAACGAAAGGUUAUCGACCCUACUUCGAACACUACACAGUAUCUUUAAAAGGUCUCCUGCUUCAUUACUGAGAGAGGUCGUUCUUGUGGAUGACGCUAGCAGUGACGAAGAACUCAAGAAACCACUUGAUGACUACGUCAGCACACAUUUCCCAAAGGUGAAGGUCGUUAGAAAUCAACAGAGAUCUGGUUUGAUACAAAGCCGGAUGAUCGGAGCAGACGCCUCAACGGGCAGGUAUCUCGUGUUCUUGGACUCUCACAUGGAGGUCAACUACAACUACCUGCCUCCUCUGAUAGAGCCAAUGGUUUUCAACUUUAGAGCCAUCGUCUGUCCCAUGGUGGACUUUAUCAACCCCGACACAAUGAAAGUGGACGGAUUGACCAACAGAGUCCGCAGUGGUUUCGACUGGAGUAUGACAUAUAAAAGAAUUCCAAUGAAAAAUAUCGAUGACAUCACGCCUCAUCCUAGUCCUACAAUGGUGGGAUGCGCAUUCGCCAUCUCGCGCAAGUGGUGGGAGGAGCUAGGGAAAUACGACCCCGGGCUGCAGAUUUGGGGCGCGGAGCAGUACGAGAUCUCGUUUAAGUCCUGGAUGUGUGGCGGAAGUGUGGUGGAUGCGCCGUGCUCGCGAAUCGCGCAUCUCUUCCGGCCACUUCCUUACGUUCGCGAUGUUGUUGCUGAAGACAUCAUUGAAAGAAACUUGCUACGUCUGGCGUCUGUCUGGAUGGACGACUACAAAAAUGUAGUCAUGACUCUUAGACCAAAGAUGAAGAACAUUGACCCAGGAAACCUAACGAGUCAAUUUGAAAUUCGCGAAAAGUUAAAGUGUAAAUCUUUUCAGUGGUUUCUAGAAGAAGUGGCACCAGACAUCCUUCAAUACUACCCUGUUGUCACUCCAGCUUCUGUAGCUUACGGGAAAAUCCGAAACACCAAAAACAACACAUUAUGUAUAACAACUAAAUAUCGUUUAAAGUUAGCCGACUGUUCUGACCAAUCGGCGACUACGUUUACUUUUGACUGGAGGUUCCACAUUGAGAGCGGUAAAUGUUUAUAUAACGCCAUGGGCGAGUUUGUUUCCAUGUUUGAGUGUUUGGACUUUGAAGACAAACCUACUCAACGUUUCGCUUUUAAUCGUCACAAUGGACGCAUUGCCAAUUUCCAGACUCGAUUAUGUUUAGACUUUGAUAUCGAUACUCUUAAGUUGAAGAUGAAAAAAUGUGACGAUACUUCACUAACCCAAAACUGGACUUUAGAAAAUGUCAACACUACCCUUGCUGACCAACUAUGGUCGAAUUACGAAGCUGUCAGUUAUCAUUAUAUCUUGGAGUAGAAAACCAAUUUCUAAAUUCUCAAAGUAUCGACUAAUUAAAAUGAAACU